AUGCGGUUACUGCUUGAGACGGCAACGUCCUUCCACCUGCCGGUACUCGCCUCAGCAGAGACGGCGGGCGCCGGCUCCGACACCGAGAACCCCGUCCCCAUCUGUGCACAACGGACCAGAUCGUCAAUCCGAGACCCGGCAGUCGGUGUCUGGCAACGACCCUUUGGCGGAAGAGGAGACUGA